UCGAUAUGGUGGAGAUUGCUAAAAAUGCUGACGACAACCCAAAAUUUGUUGACAAUAACAAUAGUGCGAUGGCUGAAUGUUCAAGGCAAUGGAAGAUCCAAAAUACAGUUCUGCUAUAAUAAUAUCAAUGGCAGCACAUACGUUCUGAACCGGGCAACCCGAGCUUAAGAGCCCGAUCAAUUACCUUCUCCAAACAUGACUUCUAUAAAGUUCCUUCCCAUAGUUUUCUUCUUGAUCACCCUCGAACCAAUUGCAGCCAUCCAUUACAGAGUCAUCGAUCGCACUUAUACGGAUCACUUUAGCAAGUUCGAGUGUCUAAUUAGGUACCACUACUCUGCACUCCGAGUCUUUACUGAAGCCAACGAGUUUGUGCUAACAACAUUCAAUCUGACACCCGGCGCAGGCAAAUGGUACGAUGAGGUGAGACUGAUUGUUGAGAGCUUCAAAGAGUACGGGCUCGGGAGAUAUCCUCAGUCAGUUGCCAGCACUGUAGGCAACGAGAUCCGCAUAAACACAGAUUACCUGGACAAUUUCCAAGGUGAUGUGUAUGACGAGUUCGUGGGGAUCUUGUAUCAUGAGACCACGCAUCUCUGGCAGUGGGACGGAAAGGGGAAGGCUCCUAGAGGAUUGAUUGAUGGAAUAGCUGAUUUCGUGAGGCUGAGUGCUGGAUGGUCAUCAGAGGCCUGGACUCAGCAAAGGGGUUCGGGGUCGAGGUGGGACGAGGGUUAUGCAGUCACUGCUUACUUUCUUGAGUACUGCAAUAGCCUUAAGCAUGGGUUUGUCUCUGAGCUCAAUGCUAGGAUGAAACAUUACUAUAGUGAUGACUUCUUCAAGCGACUUUUGGGGAAGGAUGUACGCAAACUGUGGGAAGACUACAAGGCAGCUUACGAGGAAGAAAAUCAAGUCCUAGCCAGCAACAAGAAUCAAACUUAUGCACAACUCGAAGAACUCGUGCCGGAAGACAACGUCCCCAAAGGAUCAGAUUCUUCAGAAGGCUACCUGCAAAUAGAUGUCAAGGGAGUCUUCUCACCAAAAAUACAGAUCUCAGCACCGACUGAAGAUAAUCUGGAGAACAAGCUUCCGAUGAAUAAUGAUGCAACUGAGGAAAAGGUGAAGUUGUUGGGUCGGUCCGAUGAAAGCUCUAAGAGCCCUGAACUCGUUUCAACUGCAGAAGAAGAUCAAGGUACACUGAGUUUUCCCAUGGCGCAUUUCUCGCAUGUAUGCACUGAUUUCAAGGAUUGUCUUGCUGCUGAGCUCAAGAAGAUGGCAAGACGAAGGUGGCAGAGAAGAUCAGUGAGUCUGUCCCAACUUCAGGUAACGGACUGAGAAAGGUCGGCAUGUGGUUGCUGGAGAAACUGGCAGUAGUGUGCACAAUGCGGAUAUAACUGUGAAGCAAAACCAGUGCCAGCAAUAUAGUUUGCUCAUAUAAGAAUGUCAAUGUCUUUCUCGGGACUUCAUAGAGCGGAGUUCUUUAAAGUGCUUUUUUACUCAGUCAUGUAUCGACAGAUAAGUGAGUGUGGUAGAUGGGAAUAUGGUUCCCUUCUUGAAGCAUUUGCUUGCACCUA